UUUCCGGUUUCUACUCAAAACUGUUUACAGAUUACAACUAUCUCAUGAACUUGCGUUCGUGAGGAGCGCGAAGCUUUCCGAUGGUUGUGAAAAUUUUUUUUUUUCAAACUAGGCUCUGCUAUUCCUAUAUGGGUCGUUAUUUUGGCUGAGACACCAUCUCCAGGCUGGCAGCAUCAGCUGAGAGUACGAAAUAGACAAGGGCAAGUAAUGCAGACCGACUAAUGAGAAUAGAAAAAGUUCUAAAAUGGCCGCCCCGACUAGUUGUGUUGAGCUUCUCGGGUCUUUAUUCCCAGAUAUUGACCCUCAAAUAUCAAAUUAUGUCACCGGAAUUAUUGAAGAUUCUGCUGAUGAUUUUGAUACAGCUGAUGAUAUAUACGAAGCAAUUGGUGCUUUGUUGCUAGAUUCAGCAACCGGCAAAACAGAGGAUGAUGUUUUUGAUAUAUGUGAAAAAUUUCAUGGUAUUGUCAAAAGUUCACAAUCAUCAGAUACCAUGGAACAUAAAGUUUUAAAUUCUCCUAUUCAGAUUGGGUCUUUGAGUCUCAAUACAAAUGUUCAAACUGUAGAACCUCAAAGUAUCUGGUUAACAAAAAAGGAGAACGUUUCUCAAGUUGACCAGAAAAAGUUAGAAAAGGCUGAAGCAAAACUUCAGAAGAAAAAUGAAAAAAGAGCAUCUCAAACAACAACUGUUAAAAAAGUAACGAAUGGCAAUUGUGAAUUAGCAUCAGCAUCUCAACAGUUAAAUAGACGAGAUACAAAGAUGGAUGCAGCAGGUAGCAACAAAUCGUAUGAUAUUCGAAUUGAAAAUUUUGAUGUGUCUUAUGGAGAAAAGAGCCUCUUGAUUGAUGCUUCCAUUCAUUUAAUAUAUGGUCGUCGAUAUGGUUUUGUUGGGCGUAAUGGAUUGGGAAAGACAACUGUGUUACAAAUGAUAUCUAGCGGUCAACUGAAGAUCCCAUCUCACAUCACAAUUUUACAUGUUGAACAAGAAGUUGUGGGUGAUGAAACGUUAGCAUUACAGAGUGUUUUAGAAUCAGACCAAAGACGGGAGAACUUGUUAAAAGAAGAAAGGGAUAUUAACACACAGCUACAGGAUAAGGAAGGGAAUGACAGCACCGAUGUUCUUUCAGCUCGACUAAGUGAAAUUUAUCACCAGUUAGAAGCAAUUGAUGCUGACAAAGCACCAGCGAAAGCUGCUGUUAUUUUAGCUGGUUUAGGAUUCACACCAAAGAUGCAGGCAAUGCACACAAGAGAAUUCUCUGGUGGUUGGCGAAUGAGAUUAGCUCUUGCUAGGGCUCUGUUCUCAAAGCCUGAUUUAUUGUUGCUUGACGAACCUACAAACAUGUUGGAUAUGAAAGCUAUCAUUUGGUUGGAAGAUUAUUUGCAGACGUGGACGUCAACAAUUCUAGUUGUAUCUCACGACAGACAGUUCUUAAAUGCAGUUGCCACAGAUAUCUUAUAUUUACACAGUGGUCGUAUUGACACCUAUAAAGGAAAUUAUGAAACAUUUAUGAAGAGUCGCGAAGACAGAUUAAAAAAUCAACAGAAAGAAUAUGAAGCACAACAACAAUACAGAGAACAUAUUCAGGCAUGUAUUAGCAUUAUCAUCAUCAUUGUCUUUACUUUAUACCCUGAACUGAAACCUGUUGCUAAAGAAAGUGAGGUUAUACUCAAAUUUCCUGAAUGUAAUAAAUUAUCACCUCCAAUUUUACAACUGGAUGAUGUUAUAUUUUAUUAUAAUGAAGAUCAAGUAAUAUUUCACAAUAUCUGUGUCAGUGCCUCCAUGGAAUCCCGUAUAUGUAUUGUUGGUGAAAACGGUGCUGGUAAAACUACACUUCUAAAGAUUUUACUUGGCGAAUUAAACCCUGUGAAAGGUUUACGAAAUGCUCAUAGAAAUUUGAAAAUUGGUUAUUUCAGCCAACAUCAUGUGGACCAGCUUGAAAUGGAUAUAUCAUCUAUAGAACUAUUGGCAUUGCGAUACACAGGUAAGUUUCUUGCCAAUACCUGUUGUGUCUUUUAUUUGUCUCAGUCAUUGAAUGGCAGUUGUGCUGACAAAUAUGCAUACAUACUUACAUAUAUUCUUUUUUUUCACAGCCCCAACUUCUUCAUUCUUGAUGAACCUACAAAUCACCUUGAUGUAGAAACAAUAGAAGCUUUAGGAAAAGCUCUUCAAAAAUUUAAAGGUGGUGUCAUUUUAGUAUCUCACGACGAAAGACUUAUUCGAGUUAUUUGCAAUGAACUAUGGGUAGUUCAAGGAGGAACUGUGAAAAGUUUGGAAGGCGGCUUUGAUGAGUACAAGCAGAUUGUUGAGCAAGAACUGCAAGCUACUCUAUGACAACAGUCUCUUACCUCAUAAAUUAGUUAUCUGGGAAAAUUAGGAUUCUUUGUAUAUCUAUUUUCCUGAUUUUCAAUAAAAUUACAUCUAAAUGCA